GAGAACACAAAACAAAUACGACAAAUGCUAGAUGACGCACUUCAGGUAAAUUAGUCAGUGGUAAACAGUAAACAUUUUCCCCAGGCUUUGAACUCUCUUUGUGUCUGGUUUUCGGUUUUACCAAAAUAACGCAGACGUUUGUUUGAUUUCUGUGACGGCGCCCCAGCCGCAGCUGUUUUUGAAGAAACAAGUUUGUGCCUAAUGGAAAAUUUCGACCAUAUAAAAGGGCUUUGGCUGUGGGAAGAGGUAUUACAGCCCGAGUUUUCACCCAGCAAAGCCAAACUACCAAAGAGAAAAUGCGUUCCUACAUUUUGAUUGCCCUCUUCGCCCUGAUCGCCCUGGCUGCUGCUCAAGGUGGACAGCAAGGUGGCCAAGGAGGACCUCAAAGUGGUCAGCAAGGAGGACCCCAGGGCGGCUCCCAGGGAGGCUCCCAAGGAGGACAACAGGGAGGACAACAGGGAGGUCAGCAGGGAGGUCAACAGGGUGGACAACAGGGAGGUCAGCAGGGAGGACAACAGCAGGGAGGUCCUGGCGGUCCAUGGGGUCUGCCUCCGAAUGGAACUGAAGUCUCCAACAGCACCACCACCACGACCACUGAGGCUAGCACCACUGAGUCCAGCACCACCGAGGUUUCCUCAGCAUAGGAUGCUAGUAAACCACUCUAGAUUUUAAUCGAUCCUGUAUAAAAUUAUUAAACAACUAAACCAAA